UGUAUGAAGGACUGCUGUUGUACAUCACUACAGAAAUUAAACGUCAAGAAGAAAUAUAACUUUUCGUCCGAUUAUUUCUGUUUGUGUUUAUUUCUACUUGUUGAAUUAAAUUUAAAACCUCUGAAAGUUCUAAUGUUACAGGUUUUGAAUUCUACUCGGUACUUUGUGUUGAUUGGCUUUUGUAUUAGAAAGUUUUAACGUCUAAAACAUAUGUGAUUUGAAGUGAUUUGGUUAUUUUAUCGAUUUUUGUGAGCUGCUACUAUGGAUAUCGUCAAAACACCUAAGUUGGAGAAUGUGCAGCUUCUGGACAAGUAUAACUUGCGGAACCCCUCGAAGGGCACGCUGUAUUUUGCGACCACGCAUCUCAUUUUCGUCGACCAUGAAAUGAGGAAGGAGACAUGGAUACUCCUAAUGCACAUAUCCUCAGUGGAACGGUUGCCGAUCACAACAACCGGUUCACCGCUGUUGGUCCGGACCAAAACAUUCCAGUCGGUCUUCUUCGUGAUUCCCCGCGAGAGAGAUUGCCACGAGAUGCAUCAAAUAUUACUAAGACUUAGUCAACCAGUUCACAUAGAUGAACUUUACUGCUUCUUCUACAAGUCGACGCCGGACGACCUGCCAAAGUCAGCAGGUUGGAAUUUCUUCGAUAUACAGACGGAGUACCAGAGGAUGAACGUGCCCAAUGACCAAUGGGUCCUGUGUACUGCUAACAAAGAUUACGAGCUAUGCGACACAUACCCCAGUGAGGUGUACGUUCCUGCGCGCGCGUCGACGGCCGUACUCCUGGGUAGUGCAAGCUUCAGGUCGCGCGGGCGUCUGCCAGUCCUCGCGUACCUGCAUCACAACAAGGCUGCCAUCGCCCGCUGCAGUCAGCCUCUCAGCGGCUUUUCCGCAAGAUGUAUGGAGGAUGAACAGAUGCUCGAUCUGAUCAGGCGGGCGAACCCGAACUGCGGCUACAUGUAUGUGGUGGACACCAGGCCAAGGAUCAAUGCCAUGGUGAACCGCGCAGCUGGCAAGGGUUACGAGAACGAAGCCUUCUAUGAGAACAUCAAGUUCCAGUUCAUGGGCAUCGGGAACAUUCACGUCAUGAGGAAGAGUCUGCAGAAGCUCGUAGAGACUUGUGAACAGAAUACUCCUACAAUGUCGUCAUUCCUGAACGGAUUGGAAUCUUCCGGUUGGCUCAAACAUAUUAAGUCCAUUCUAGACACGUCGUGGUGGAUCGCGAGCGCGCUGGAGAGCGGCGUGAGCGUGUGCGUGCACUGCAGCGACGGCUGGGACCGCACCGCGCAGGUCUGCUCGCUGGCCGCGCUCUGUCUCGAACCACACUACCGGACCAUUAACGGCUACCAGGCAUUGAUUGAAAAGGACUGGCUAUCGUUCGGUCACAAGUUCACUGCUCGUUGCGGGCACAUCGCGUGCGACGGCCGCGAGAGGUCGCCUGUCUUCACGCAGCUACUGGAUUGCACGUGGCAACUGCUGCGACAAAAACCAGAGGCGUUCCAGUUCAACGAACGUUUUCUGUUGACGCUCCACGAUCACGCGCACGCUUGUCAAUAUGGCACGUUCAUAGGCAACUGUGAGAAGGAUAGGCGCGAUCUACGAUUGUCCGAACGCACAUUUUCCUUAUGGGGUUAUAUGGCGAGCCAUCUAAAUGAGUACAAGAAUCCUCUCUACAACCCUAAGGCACAUCCUGACGUCUUGAAGCCGGACCUUAGUGCUCAGAGUAUCAGGUUCUGGCGCGGCAUGUACUGCCGCCACGAGAGCGGCGUGCACCCGCGCGAGCCGCUGUCAGACCUGCUGCCCGCCGCCGUCGACCACUGCUCCGCGCUGCAACACCACGUCAACUACCUCGCCAAGAGGAUAACGACAUUCAAGAAUCUCCUGUCUGGGAAACGGUCAGAGAAGGGCAACGACACCGUGGUCAACUAUCAGAAUGGUAAUGUUAACUCCGUCGAGAUUGAAACCAAGACUGAAGCACUGCAGAUUGAUAACAAGUUGCUGUAUGAGUCUGGCGGCACUCUCAGUGAACUGGAGUGCGCGAACCAUGACCAUCCACUCAAGGAGGUGACGAGCGCUCCCUCAAAACCAAACAAUAUUCCGCUUAUUACAGAG